AACAGCAGCAGCACCAAAGGAGGAGUGGGAAGACCUCUGACACUGCUACAUACUCAAGAGACAAGCUACAGCCAUGGACACCAUCACACAUGAACAUGUCCCAGCACUCAAAAAAUCUAGGAGGAACAGCAACUACUUCACAGAUGUGCACGGUCUGCCUUGCAUUGAGAAGAUCGUAAGCUCAGUGGAGGACACCCCCGAGCCCAUCAGCACCAACAUCACUGGUAAAAUCCCAGAAUGGAUCAACGGGAGAUUUUUGAGGAAUGGGCCUGGGAAGUUUGAGAUUGGAAACCAGAAGUUCAACCACUGGUUUGAUGGUAUGGCUCUCCUGCACCAGUUCAAAAUAUCCAACGGUCAGGUGACUUACAAAAGCCGCUUCCUGUCCAGUGACAGUUACCAAGCCAACAAGGAGCACAACCGCAUUGCAGUGUCAGAGUUUGGCACUGUCACCAUGCCAGACCCCUGUAAAAACUUAUUCCAGCGCUUCCUGUCAAGAUUUGUAAUGCCAAAGACCUCAGAUAAUGCCAAUGUUAGCUUUGUGAACUACAAGGGUGAUUAUUAUGUCACCACGGAAACCGGUGCCAUGCACAAGGUGGACCCUGAGACACUAGAGACAACUAAAAAGGUGGACUGGAGCAAAUUCAUUGCUGUGAAUGGAGCGACCGCACACCCUCACACUGAGCCUGAUGGAACAACAUACAACAUGGGGAAUUCCUACACCCCUACAGGAGCGUACUACAACAUCAUCCGAGUGCCACCGACCAAGAAAACAGCUGGGGAGACCCUUGAGGGAGCCACAGUGCUGUGCUCUAUUCCCUCAGUGGACAAGACCAAACCAUCCUACUACCACAGCUUUGCAAUGUCUGAGAACUACGUGGUGUUCAUUGAGCAGCCCAUAAAGCUGGACCUGUUGAACAUUGUGAUAGGCAUAGUGAGCGGGAGAAGCAUCAGUGACAACGUCCUCUGGGACCCGGAACUCAACACCAUCUUCCACCUGAUUCACAAGCACACAGGGAAGGUAAGCUCCAUCAAGUACCUGGCCAAGCCAAUGUUGACCCUUCACCAGAUCAAUGCGUACGAGGAGGACGGGUUCUUGAUCAUAGAUAUGUGUGCUUCAGAUGACGGCCAGGUCAUCACCAACUACAAGAUCCAGAACCUGCGUAAGUCUGGAAAAGCUCUUGAUGAGGUGUAUAACACCUUGUGUAGAGUCUUCCCACGUCGUUUCGUUCUGCCUCUCACUGUGGACCACGAUACACCCUAUGACCAGAACUUGAACAACCGGCCCAACAGCGCAGCCACUUCUAUAAGAAUUGCCAAGAGCAAGGUCUUCUGUACCCACGAGGACCUCCACAGAAAUGAUCUUCAUCAAUAUGGAGGUCUGGAGUUCCCCCAGAUCAACUAUAGCAAGUACAACACCCACCCCUACCGCUAUUUCUAUGGCUGCGGCUUCAGACAUCUUGUAGGAGACACUCUGAUCAAGAUGGAUCUCCAUGGGAAACACAUGAAGGUGUGGGAACAACCUGGUUUUUAUCCCUCCGAACCGGUCUUCAUACCCUCCCCUCAUGCCACAGAGGAGGAUGACGGUGUCAUCUUGUCUGUCGUCAUUACUCCGAAUAAGGACAAAAGUACGUUCCUCCUGGUUUUAGAUGCUAAAACGUUCGAGGAGCUGGGCAAGGCUGUGGUGCCCGUCAACAUCCCAUACGGUUUCCACGGGACAUUCAGUGACACGGCAUAGACAUGUGGAGAGGAAAUACAUGACAUCACAUGGAUAGUCGCGGCAGAAGUUAUACACUAUGUAAUUACUGUCUGAGAUGCUUUGUUUGUCUCAUCCUACUCAUACAUUUAGAGGUCACCACGCAGAUCUUAACAUAUAGUUAGCUUGGACCUUAUUCACAUUGUUGCUGAUGGUGUUGUGCUGUUAGAAACCUUUAGAAGUUAGGUCUUCUGGUAAAUCAUCUGGUUGCUUUCCAUACUUAAACAAUUGUUUUCAAUAUUUUUAUUCAAGUACAUUAACAUUAAA